GGCCCGCGAGCGCCAUGCUAAGCAAUCGCAGACCCUCGAUAAGAUCUUGAAGUUUUUAGCCACCAUCUACGGUAACAAUAACACCGGUAGGAUCUUGGAGGUAAAUUAUGAUGAGCCCAAUCCUGUUAAUGGGUUGGACUUGGAUACCUUGAACGAAGAUUUCAACUUGGAUGACUUGACCGACAAACAGCUGCAACCUCAGAAACCACGGUUGAUGUUGAUGAACCAGGCAUAUAGGUCAAACAGAACCACCCCUAGUGAUGUCCAUGCCAGUAAUACGCCAUACAUCCCUGACGACGUCAACAUCGACCCUCCCGCGGUUGGAGAUGAUGUGAUUAAUGGCUUGGAACACAAUCUUUAUAAAAAUGGCCAGUCGAUCCAACAGGUGCAAGAUUGGGUACAAAAACUCUCUAACCUGCAACAGCUUCUUCUGCAACAACUUAAUGCCCAACGUCAAGCGCAGCAACAGCUGGCCUCCCGGGCCAAUACCAGCUCUUCUUUUUCAAGUGGUUCUCCGUUGACGCAGAUGUCGCCUCGAAUCGACUUGGACUUUGAUGUCAACGACUUCCUCCACAGCAAUUCGUCGGCCAAUACCCCGGUAAACCAAGACGAACCCGAGCCAAAACGAAAACGGUUCAAGACGCUGAAUAUUGAGGAAAUUGACGACUGAUGUAUAGUACUGUACACUAGGGAGAUAAACCUAAUACUCCACCAAUAAACCCCACAUAAACAGGCGAGAGGUGAUACGAGAUCCUUAUUUACUAUCUUUAACCUUAACUGAUUGUAAAGUUUAUUUGGCACGGCUGAUCCGUUUAGCAUCAAUUGGUUCUGUGGCAAAUGGUGCUGGUAAGGAUGCUAUUUGUGGUCCUUGCGCAUGCACUUAUUGACCAAGUUGUCAUGAAUCUCUAAUACGUUCGUUCCAUAUCUAAAUAUAGCAAUACAACCUACAUAGUUAGCCAUCAUAUCUGAAACGACUCAAAAGCUUAUUUUCGCAAUCCGUUAUCAACACGCCCGCACUCAACUGUGGGUCGCAACUCCAGCGAACUAGUCGCGAUAAUAAAACUUGUUACUUCGAUAGCCAUACAAAUCAACCCCAUAAAGAAAUGAGCAGUGCUGAAGUCGAAGAUACAAGUAGCACUAGCAGUCAUGGAGGUAUCUCCAUGUCUGAAGGACAAAAGAAAAAAAUGUAUUCAAAGCUCGGAUGUCGAGAGUGCAAGCGCCGUAAAAUUAAAUGUGAUGAAACCAAACCGCUGUGUUCAAAAUGUACCCGCCUCGAUAAGGUAUGUGUUUAUCCCGAAAUCGGGGAGAAGGUGCUUCGAGUGCUGAAGAAAUUUUUGGCAGAGAACCCCCAGUUAUCGAAGCCUCCCUACGGCUACGCCCUACCACAUUUGGCUGCAUACCAUCCGGCCGUCAAGUACCAUGCCGACUUGGGCUCCCCCGUUCCACCCCCUCCUCAGCAUCAGCAUCACCAUCAACAUCUUCCGUUGUCGCCUCAUCCGCCGCCGCAACACCGAUCUGCCGACCACGACAUGUCGCAUCCACUGCCCGCAUCCAAGGCCUCGGUCCUGGGUCUGACUAGUGGUCCUGAUCACCUGAAUGCGCCCGAACCAGAAAUACCGGUGAAAUCAGAUAUGCUAUUUGACAACUAUUUCAACAAAGAAGACUUGAAUCUCUUGGCAUCCGACUUGAACAACCUUGUGGGAAGUAUCAUGGUGGAGUCAAACUUUGAGAUUGGUGAUGAUUUCGAUAUGAUGUCACUGGAAAGUAGUUCAAGUAUAAUGAACCAUAUUUCUCCACCAUCGAUUCCGAUCAUGCGGCUGAUCUACCUGAACAACAGUCACCUUGAGCAGAACACUAUUCCACGCAACUUACCCUACGACUAUAUCAAGGUAAAGUAUCCCCACGAACGGUAUUAUCUUGAGCAGUUUUAUACCAACUUUGCAACCCUCAUCCUCCCGUUCAAUCCGUACCAAGAGUCUGUGGGAGGGUAUUACAAUCCAUCUCGGGAUGUGGUUUUGUUCUGUGCCUCGAAAGAACCAUUUCUUUUGGCGGCCAUUUUAGCUCAGGGAGCUAAGGAGGCAUAUAAUAGCACUGGCUUGGCUAACCACGAAGAAGCCUACUGCAGUUAUCUUCUGAAAUGUCUCAAACUCCUCGGCCCCGCGUUGAAUGAAGAUCCUCUGGCAUCUGACAAGAAGUCCGGUUUGCAACACCGCAGGCAGCACACAUCUAAUAUCGAACUGGUGUUGAUCACCGUUCUUCUUUUGACAUCUGCCAACGCCUCCAAUACCAAGCAGAAUUGGCGGCCUCACUUGAAAGGUGCAAAGGACUUGUUGUUGAAGUACUCCAUGCACUCAGACCUAAAAGAAAGCAAAUUGUUGAUCUUCUGCAAGACUUGGUUCAUUUCUUUUGAGCUUUUGGCGGGGUUGAGCUCUGCCAAAGGUGGAACUUUACAAACAGAUGCCGAAUUGGACUCGAUCAUGAAACUUGAUGAUAAUGAUGAUUUGACAAUUUUGAGGGAAAUUGGGCUUUUGUCGGAUUCUGGGUUCAAUUAUAUGUUUGGGUUUGCUCAUAGCUUACUUCCUUCUAUCAAAGAGUUGAUUAAGUUCAUGAACGUAGCUCGAGACUCAGCCGUCACCACAAACCCUACUGUCUCUUCUAAUGGUGCUGUGGCCACUCCAAAGUUUCCCUUGAACACCAUUCGGAUGUUGUCCGAGUUCUACCAGCUGACCAAGAUCCUGUUUGUUAACAAAAAAUUCUACUUGAGCCCAGAUGACUUUUUUGGGGGGUCUGUCCCCAAUGGCUGUUUGUUGGAUGUACAACAAGUAAACGGUAAAACUAUUGUGAUAAACUGGAUGGAUAUCUCCCAUCACGCAUACUGUCUAGGAGGCAUAUUAAGUGUGCUUACUAAAGGGUUUGGACUCAGCUACGAUGAUGAUCAAGUUAAACCUGUCACUGACCAAUUGGUGGGACUCAUGAAGAUCCUCAGUGAUAUUCCAAUGCCUAACUUCACCAGAUGGAGACCACUCAUGAUCCAGUGGCCGAUGUUUAUCUGUGGUUUGAAUUGUUAUGACGAGGACCAAAUGAACAUUGUGAAGCAGUUUUUCCGUAUAAGUGAAGCGGGAUCAGCCACUUUUUCUAUCCGGAUCAUCGACAAGAUUUGGAAUAAACACAAGAACAAUAUAACUGACGAGUCUGACGUUGAUAUAGAUCUUGUGACAUAUUAAUAUUUGUACCUUCAUAUUUAUAUAUUAUUAGGUAUUUAUGUUCCCAUAUCUGAACCACCCCUGGUGUAAUACGUACCUAUUGGUUUGAUAAGUGCUAACAUUCAUAGAGAGGGCUAUAUGAGUGGUUCGGUGUAAGUCCAACAGUUCCUGAUCCCAGCCUCCAAUGUAAAACGAAGAUCCAACUAAGCUUUUGGCCCAUGACUGGAGAGGAGAAGUGCGGGCUGUUUAAUAGCUCCAUAAGUGUCGAGUAAGUCCUUUUCGGCAGCCAGAUACAAGAAUACAUAUUUUGCAGCCAAAUAUACUUAUAUAACAUCGCGAACUUUUAAUGAACUAUAACGGUACGAAAAAGUAAUGGCUCUCAUUACGCCAAAAACCCUUCCAUAAUGGCUAAAAGCCCCACGGCACCCGGAUCUGGGACACCACCAUCGGCCUUGAAUUCCAGCUCGUCAACAUAGCUGGCUCUGCCGAACUUGGCUUGUAACUCCUUAGUCUUUUCACAGCCAGCUCUAGCAGCUUCAAGAGCUUUCAGAACGUUGUGGGUUUCGCUUAAUGUGUCAACAAAAGGCUGGAGAGUAUCCACCAAUGUACGACCACCGACACGGGCGUUCGUGUACUUGAAUAACCCGUCGUAUAGGGCUUUGUACAAAGCUUUACCAACGGAUUCGACGCUGACAUCGGGUAAACUCUGCAAUUGGUGGACCAAUGCAGUGAGGUAAAUCGAGUAAAUUCCACCCGAGGUUCCACCCAUGUUCUCCUCGACGAUUUCAGUGAUUCUAGAUAAAACCGCUACUGGGUCAGCCAGAGCCGCUUGGAACUCAGGGGUUUUUGCAGCCGCUAAGAUCCCGUCUGCUCCCAUCACGAGAGUAUCACCACAGUCACCAUCGCCAACGAGAGUAUCGUAAUGUGUGAUUUUAGGCUCGGCUUUCUUCAAGGUGUACAUCGCAUUUUGCAAUUGCUGCAAAAACUGUGACCCAUUGAUUUUGAGAUCCGACGACACAGGUGCAACUUCCUUCAUAGGCGACUCGAUCUCCACACUGGGACUAUCCCACAGGGAAUAAGACUUUGGUUUCCACCCUGGAGCAUCAGUAGGAGCGUCCAAAAACGCCAAAAUUUCGGCCUUGCUAAACCCGCUGUUCUUCUCAACACUCGACAAGUUCAAUAAAGUGAUAGAAAAGCCAGGGGCAUUGAGCGAAGUAACAAAGUCGCUCACCAACACACGCUGUGGCUGGUGCAGCAAUGGGAGCCCGGAAAUGGCGUGCUGAACAAUGGCGUACAACUCCAACGAUGAGGUUCCACCAAUAUUGUUGAUGAGCAAGACCGUAUCGUCGUUUUUAAGGUCAAAGUCGAUGUAGUGACGAUCUUCAUCGUCUGGUGAAACGAGCAUGGCAUACAUGUCGCGGACCAAGUCGUCUAUGGCAGGAAUAGGCGAC